AUGCUGAAUGCCCCGGCUGCUGAAGGGGUGCUGAAGGCUCCGGCUGCUGAAGAGGUGCUGAAUGCUCCGGCUGCUGAAGAGAUGCUGAAGGCUCCGACUGCUGAAGAGGUGCUGAAGGCAAGGCAUGUGCAACCGCUAGGCGUUCUUGUCGAUUAUGGCGGGAUAUCGGCUCGUCGCGGCACGAAGAAUCUCAUCAGCAAGAUUCAUUUUGACUGA